AUGACGUCAAAACGUCAAUUCGUUUACUACGAUGAUGUAGAUAACUCAACCGCAAAACGACAACACCUGGAGCUGUUUCCGGACAGCACAAAUUCAAUACUAGAUGGUUCUACUACUAUCGAAACGGUCCACUAUGAACAUGCUCACGAUCACAUGGACACCGCAUCUCCACGCCUUGAAUUAAGUACGCACCAGUCAAUUUGCUUUGGUACACUAUGUGACGUUAAGGCAAAGCCGACCGGCUCUCUCGACACUAAAUCGGCCUCGACAUAUCACACAAACCAUUACGUGGGAACCGGAGCCUCAGACUUCUGUAUCUUUGACAUUUAUUCACAGGACAAUAUCUACGGCUUCGCAAUACCCAACGCAAAUACAUUUGUGAUGAUUGACCUUAUCACGGCGAAGAAAUUACAGGUCCUUGAAGAACAGGAUGGUGCUUACUCUAAAGCGGUAGUUGAAGCCAAAGUUGUGAGUCGGCUCUCCAAAAAGAAGACAAAACAACCAUUCGAUAUAUCCGUGAAUAUAUAUGGACGGGAAUCCGACGCUCGGGUUAUUGGACAACAACUGUCUAAAGUCGAUGCGUUUCUGCAGCACCCGUUUCAACUUGAGGACGGUGUAGAGUACUUGAAUCCACAAUUCUUUGCUUUUGAAGAUGAACCACAGUACAUGACCCAUUUGGUUGGUAUUGAUGAGUCUAAAUUCCAAGAAAGGACAUUCUCCGACGCAGUGGAAGUUGCCUUGACGUCUCUCGACCAUGGGACACCUGGUCCAUCGAUCAUGGGGCCAGAUAUCAUGCUAACAGACGAUCUCAUCACUCCCCUCAAAGACCACCAGAAAGCUGCCUUGUCGUUCAUCCAACGUCGUGAAAACCCCGACUACUGCCAGCAAGUCGGUAGGGAGCUUCUGUUCCAUACCCGUAUCCCGUCAAACAAAGCUCUCCCAUGCUUGGCGUUAGGCGGGAUACUGGCGGACGUCAUGGGUCUUGGUAAAACGCUCACAAUCCUGGCUUCCAUCCAGCUUGCGCGUCCCGUAGCCGAGACCUUCCAAAACGACAGCAUGUCCAUUGAAACGGACCAGUCGAUAUGUCGCCGUACAAGUGCAACGUUGGUAGUCGUCACUUCAACCCAGAUUAUGGAGGUCUGGCGUUACGAAGUCUCAAGACAUUUCAGAGAUGGAUCACUGCGGGUUUCUACCUUCCAUGGAGAAACCCGACCGACUGAGCCCACGGCCUUGAUGAAUCAUGAUAUUGUCUUAACAACGUUUGCGACCCUUGUAUCUGAUUGCAAACGUCGUAAAGUCCUUCAAAACGUGGAGUGGUUCCGAGUUGUCCUUGAUGAAGCGCACUGGAUACGAAAUCCCACUUCUAAGCAAUUCAAAGCUGUGGAUGGUCUCAUCACGGAACGGAGGUGGUGCAUUUCUGGAACGCCAAUCCAAAAUUGUAUGAAGGACUUGGUGUCACUUCUACGAUUUCUCAAGUUCGAGCCAUUUUCGAAUACGGAUGUCUUCCGACAAUAUAUCCUAGAGCCUCUCCACACUGGCAAUUUUCUUGGGGCAACAAAUCCUCUCCAGAUGCUGCUCCAAAGUGUCUGUUUGAGACGAACAGAGAAAUAUUUAAAUUUCCCCGCGGCGCAUUAUCAGCUUGUAAAGCUAUCAUUCCACCAUGAAGAACAAAAGUUGUACGACGACGUUUUCCGGAAAUAUCGAUACCAAUUGGACGACCUUGUCAGCAAUCUGAAAAAGAUGGACAAGAAAAAAGCUACGUUACGCUUCACUAUGAUAUCAGAGUUGAGAAGACUUUGCAAUCAUGGUACACUACUUGAGCCCCCGGGGACGUUGGAUGACGCAAACAUGCAUGCGUCCUGUGAUUAUUGUAACGCGGCCGAGAGAGAUAACAUGGCAAAAUUGAAUGGAGAUGCCAUUUGUCCGGAAUGCCAUCGAUCCUUGUCAGUUUCAACACCUAGCAUGUCUAACAGCCGCAGCCAAUCGGCCCAACUAUCCCCGUUCAGCUAUGGAAGUCCAUCUUAUGACAUGGAGGAAGCAAAGCCUGCAAUGCUUCAUACGGGGCUGUCGACGAAACUGCAAUCUGUAGCAGAUAACAUUUGUCAGCAUUCUAAAAGCCUCGUCUUUUCAUACUGGACGACAACUCUCAACCUUCUGCAAAGGCUGUUAGAAGAGAGAGGAAUCGCUCUGAGACGCAUUGACGGCAGUCUGGGAAACUCAGAAAGGCUGAAAAUUCUCGACGAGUUUAAAAAUGACUCCACUAUCUCCGUUCUUCUAAUUACCAUGCAAACCGGAGCAGUUGGACUCACCCUUACCGUUGCAACACAGGUUCACAUCGUUGAACCACAGUGGAACCCAUCAGUUGAAGAACAGGCUAUUGCAAGAGCCCUUCGCAUGGGUCAGACAAAGAGUGUGAAGGUUUUCAGAUACAUCAUGGAAAACACAGUGGAAGAGAGAAUUGUGGCGCUGCAGAAAAAGAAGAGAGACCUUGUGAAAUACACGAUAGACGGAAACUCAAAAGAUGGAGUAUCUGGCAGUUUGGAGGACCUCAAGUUCAUUUUGAACGUUUGA